AAGGGACACAUCUGUCCUGCCAGUGUCCCAUCUACCAUCCUCCCUCCUCAACACCAUGAAUCAGUCGGUGGCAGUGCAGAUGUCCGUCACUCUCAGUUAAAUGUUAGUGCUACUUGAGCAGAUAUCGCUCGGCUGGCCGAAGAGGAAAAAAAAGAAAGGGGCUGUUAAAGGUGCUGGAAGAUGUCUCUGUGGAUGAUACUGCCUGUCAGCCUGCCAGUGCUGACCAUCACUGGAAUAUGGGUUGUGUACGCCAUGGCCCUGUACAACCAGCAUGUCUGCCCUGUGGAUAACUGGUUGUACAACCAGUCAUGUGAAGAGGACCUGUAUUUGCAGAGUGGGCCAACCUUGUGCUGCACAUUAGACAAUGUACCUCUCAUCAGUAAAUGUGGGACUCUUCCCCCUGAGAGCUGCUUCUUCAGCCUUAUCUGCAGCACGGGAUCGUUCAUGGUUAUGGCGAUAGUGCUGCUCCGCUAUGCCCACGUCAUCGAGAAGCACCAAAACUGUGUCCUCAACACGGCCAGUCUCUCCACAGGCUGGAUCUGUGCCGCUGGUCUCAUCAUGGUGGGCAACUUCCAGGUGGAUAAUGCCAAAGUUCUCCACUAUGUCGGAGCAGGCAUCGCCUUCCCCACCAGUAUGCUGUUUGUGUCCCUGCAGUCAGCGCUGACUUACCGACUGGCCAAGACCCAGGGCGAGUACAACGUGGCCCACCUCCGGCUCUGCAUGACCCUGCUGGCCUUCGUAGCCUUGGUGCUCAGCGGCGUGUUUUUCUGCCAGGAGAGCUUCGUCCUUCAACACGCGUCGGCCAUCUUCGAAUGGGUGUUCUGCGUCAUCGUCAUGCUGUUUUACGGGACAUUUGCCUUCGAGUUCGCCGGCAUGUCAGGAGGUACCAUGGCCGUGCUGGCUAGAGGAGGGGCCCUGGGGCCUGCUGGGAGAGAACACAAGGUGGACGCACUGGGACCAAUGGGAGGGCCCGGCCCACACUCACAGCCUCACCCACACCACCCUGAAAACAUGUCCAUCCUGUAGCCUGCUGGCACAUCUCCAUGCCACACAGUUGGCUUGUUUAUUCCUCUAUAAACUGCGGUUGUUGAAUGAAUUUUAAUUAUUCAUUUCCAGCCACAUUCCUCUGAAGCUUUGAGAUAAUCCAGGCCAGUACCGUCGCUGUUCACGACAGAGUGGAUUCUACUAUUUCGACCACAGGGGUGUCGAUGUGCUGCCACUGUGGAGAGCUCAGAUCAUACUGUGCUCACAUCAGAGCUCGGGGGUUUCCUAAGGACUUGUUUGGCGUUUGCACAUUGCACAAGUGUGAAACCAACAUUUGUCCAACCCAGUCCUGUUUGUAUUUAAUCAAUCAAUUCAAGAUUUGUUCGGUUCCCUUGAAAUCCUGUAUUCUCUAAGUCUCACUUAGUGGCCUUGGAGCAUUUCUACUUGGAGUGUCUGCCUUGAUGCUUUCAUUAUACAUAAAGGCGGCUGCUGGACGGCCGAGCUGACAGUAUUAUAGCUGUGAGACAGACAGAGAGAGAGAGAGAGAGUGCAUAAGAGUUACAGAGAGAGCAAGGUUGCUUUGCCCACAAGAAUGUUGAAAGCAAUAAAUUCAAUGAAACAGUCGAUUAAAUAGAGAGCUUAAUGAAUGUUUUCUUGAGAUAGAGCAGGGCAUCCAUUUGCAUUUAAUCAUUUAAACUUGCAUCAAAAAAUAUUUUAAAAAAAAUUCAAAUGACUGUUCAGUAAAAGACUCCUUCAUUGUAUUAAAUUCAGUAAGUUUGAGCUGCUGUUAGCUGAUUGCUUCGUUUAUUCAGCCUGAAUAUUCUGUCAAACAGACUGUAUGCUGCCUUUCAGCCACAGGCCACAGCUUGAUGUUAAAGAAAGUCGACAUUUUUGAGGAGCCAUGGAAAUGUCUGUUAGUUUUUUUUUUUUUUGGUUUAUACAGAUUUGAAAUAAGCUUCAUCAAGCACUUGAUGUGUGGUUAAAUCCACAAAAGCAUGCCUUACGUUUUGUAGUGUCCAUGGUGCCUCGUGACUUCAAACCUUUACGUCUGACUCUGGACAGCACCCUGUCUCACGCUCUUAUUGUUUACUGGAAGGAAGAUGAAUCAAAUACUAUUCAAAGUUUAAGGUCAACAUAGUACUGUAGAGUUCUGCCAAAGGAAGAGAAUGAUACUGCGUCCAGCAGCCAAAUGUGAGCCAGCUAAUUCAACCCAGAGCUCUGGCUUUAUUGAGUUUAGUGACGAGGCAUCACGCAUGUUCUCAAGUUCUGUGGGUGGAGGGCUGCAUCUCAUUAAUCCUAACAAGGAGAGGCUCAAGCGUUAAUGGGGUCUUUUGGGUUUACUACUUACUAUACUUCUUUGAAACCACACUUUUAAGCUUUUUCUCGGCCGUAUUUUGUAACAAAGGGAAAAGAGAUUUUGAUCAUGCCUGAGGUUCACUGUGCUGCUUCCUUGUGACUUUUCUGCAGAAAAUGCCAAAUACCUGUUUGCCAGAGGCAUUGGUGCUAAAACACAGAAGUCCUUAUGCUGCCAUUUCCCCUGAGUUUAUCUGUGAUGUAGUUGUGAUCUGAAAGCAAUAAGAGGGAGUGAAUGAGCUGGAACAGAAGGUUGCAUGCACACAUGUGAGUGCCAGGAAUAUCAGAGCAGAUAUUUGCCACUACAAAUUGAUUUUGAACACUACAAAGCCCCCUGCUUACACCUACACUGACUUUAGGUUGUUUCAAGUGAGGUUAACCCUUUUGUUUUUCUUUCAGUUGAAACAUUUUCUGUACUCAUUGACUUUCUCUGAAGUUCUAUGAAGUUACAUAACACAGAAUUACUGUUUAAUGUUUAAACCCUGUUCCCCAUCUCAGUACCAUAUUAAGAAACUCUGAGCUCUCUGGUGUGAAACACAUCCUGCAGAGGGUUUACGACAGAAAAAAGUCUCGUUAUUACACCAUCUCAUGGUAAAAAAUACCGCUCUCCUCAUGCCACCACCGGCCACAUGUUUGCUCAGGAUUUUAUUUAGCGCCUGUAUUUUGAGUGAAAGUGGUUUAGUUGCUCAAAAAAAAAAAAAAUUCCAGCUCAGUUUUUGCAGCUCCGUUACAGACGGACUGGAAACUCAAGCUGAAAGCAUGACUAUCUCUGAACAGACUGAAAGGGGAAAAGCUUCCCCAUGCUUGUGUUUGGAAUAAGAUGGAAAGCAACUAUGCUGAUCACCUGCUGCCCUCUGCUGGCCAAACUGCGUGUUGCAGAUUAGAUUAGGGCUGUUGUGGCAGAGUUAACCUCACAGAUGGUUGAUUAAUUGUUGGAAAAUAAUACAGAAAAGGCAAAGUCAGCUGCACGUCGAGGCCUGAUCUACAAAGAAGGUAUAAUGAAGAGCACUUGAAUCCUAGUCUGUGCGUCUGGCUUAAGCUGUGCAGCGAUGUUACAUGGCAUCCCUUUGAAGGAAAACUGGCCUUUUGACACUCGACACACAAUAUGCCUUAAUUUAACCGUACAAAUUCAGUGCAUUUUAAAUGUAAAGCCUAUUGCUGCUUGUGCUGCUCUUUAAAUAAACAUGUUGUCAUUACACAGUAACUGGAAGUAUUUUAGUUUUCUCUCAGUGCAUGUUAAGAAUCUAUGCAAAAUGGGCAUUUCCAAAAGAAUACUACAGAAUCAAAUAUUUAGUUUUAGAAACGUUCUCCCAGCCUGCACGGCUGCUCUCUCUACCUUCUGUCCGUAUUAGUCUGGGUUACUGAUCAGUCUGUACUUUGCUCUCAGGAAAACGUUAUGACACCAGCUGCAUUCGUGGUUUGAUUCAAAGCAGAAUGACCUCCGCUUGCUUCUGCCUUCUGCUGUCUUUGUUUUAAAGGAAUGUGUUCUAUACUCAUGAAGACCUUUCAUGUUUUUGUUUCGUUUUGUGUAGCGUAGGUGCGACUGCCUUUUUCACAGUUGUGGGAUUGAUGGUUAGACAUAAUAUAUCAGAUUAUUUUUGUUAAUCAAGACUCUGUAAAGCUGCAAAUAAUAAACAUUCCUGUAUAUUUGGCUUGUGAGCAUGUGUAUGCGACUCAAACACACACGGUUAAAUAUCUACAAGAUAAAACAUUCAAUCGGUAGAUCAUUGGUGAGCUUUCUGACAAACUGACAAACAUCUGUUCAUUCUCAAAUGCUAAAUGCUAAAUGCUAAAUGCUCCCUAUGUGCCUUAUGUAUUAUUUUGAUAAUGAAAACCAAAGAGGUUUAGGUUGUAAAUUCUAUUUUGAUGAAAAGUCAUAUGAUUGUAUAUAUAUGCCUUAAUGUUCAACAAAUAAAUGUUUUAAGAAAA